AUGGAGGAGUGGAUUUCAAUGGGCGAAAAAAAUAUCAAGUUAACUAUACAUACCAUCGAAAAUAUCAUAAGAAAGGAAGACACGAACAUAUCAAUCAUAGUAGAACAUAAUGGUGUUAUCUUGGGCGAGAGUAAUCCAAUAUUAAUCAAUGCGGAUUGUAAAGACAACACAAUUCAUAUUAUCGAUUUCUCUGUUAAUUUGCCAGUUACUUUAAAAGAUAAACAAAUGGUUAAUUCAGUUGUAUCAAUUCCUGUACUAAUAAAAGCUGUCCAAAUCAUAGAAGACACGGUGGAAGCACAAACUCCAUCAGAUGAAGUUAAAAAGAAUGAAGUUAAGAAAAAAUCAAUAUUCAGUACAAAAUCUGCAGCACUUCCCACAUCACAGUUAUUAGGGAUAUGUAAUUUCGAUUUGAUGCCAAUAAUAUUAGGCGAAAACAAUUUCUCCGAGAAGCUAAUUUUAGAAACACCUACCUUUUCCUUUGAUGGUGAAUUAAUUUCAUGGCAGAAUCUUCCGCGUCUUACGGUAACAGCUUUGCAAGAUCAUGUACCGAUUUCUCAACCAAACGAAGCAAUGAACUUUCUUCACAUUACCAUCGAGAGUAUGUAUAAUGUACCAGAAACUUUCACAGAAAGUCUUCAAUACAAAGCUGGCACGAUAGCGUAUAUUAAUAAUGAGGUUUCAGAAAACAUAAUUUUCGAUCAUGGUCUUUGGAUGAAGUAUCGAGACAUCGAGAGAACAAAACGAUGGAACAGUUUACGUCAUAUAGAAAAUCGAGCUCAGUUAUCUAAAUACAAAUUGGACUGCGACUUUAUGGGAGUGAAAAAUAAAUUUAAUGAGCAGAUUGACUUAGCGAAGAAGAUAUGCGAAGAUAUGCCACGAAUAGAAUGGAAUUCUUUGAAUCGGUGUAUCUUAUGGGGGAGUGGAAUCGAAGCGAUGCGGGAUCAUAUUAGAAAGUACAAAUAUUGGCCCUUUCAAUUUGAAAUAACGGGGAAAACUUCUACGACGAAAUCGAAAAACGCUUCAUCAUUUACAACACAGUUGUAUCAAUGCUACGUCGAUGUCUCCGAACUUCUUUUCCCAGGCAGAAAAAAUUGUCGAGUCGUAGGACAAUUGUAUAAGUUCAAUCCGUCAGACAUAUCUGAAAAAGUAGGGCUCGAGCAAAAUAUUUUUAGUACAGGAACACAACGCAAAGAAGUGAAAGAGAAAGAUAAAAGAAGUAAAACGUCAAAGAACACGCAAUCGAUUCAAUCGGAAACUGAAACAGUACAAAAAGCAAGUGAACCAAUUACUAUAGAGAAUGGAGAGCCGACAAUCAUAGUAAUUGAAAUAGAACUUUACGAACCUCUGGUCGCUUGUAGAAUCGAAAAGGACUUCACAAACUUAAUAAAUGAAAUGAUACCUAAAUCGGAAAAGAAACAACAUUAUGUAUAUUCUGCUGACGUAGCGGAAGCACAGUACAUGCACUGUAUUCAAAAAUUGGCGCAGGUCCUCACAGAAUGUUAUCGAGAUUUUUGUGACGAGAAUAAAAAAUCGAAUAGUAAAGGAGAGAAACCACAAGAAAAAUAUUGCUUCGAUCCAGAAUCGGACGAGUUAACGUGUUUCACUCAGUACCUUUACAAAACUGGAGUAUACUUAUCUGUACGCAAUACAUUGAGAAUGAAAAUUCCUCUCCUGAUAGAUCAAAAAUUCAAAAUGCCUAAAAAUUUAAUCGAUUCUAAGGAAUCUCAUAAUUUUAUCUGCUCUGUAUACACAUAUUUAGUGGAACAAAUGCAUCUUGCCAUAAAUCAAAUGCUCGAAUGCCGAUUUACGCAAGAUUUGGAAAACGACCUAAACCUGAAGCUGAUAUAUUUCUAUGCUGAAGAAGCUUAUGAGCUUGGAAAUUUCGAAGGGGCUAGAGACUAUUAUACAAAAGUAAUAGCAUCGAAUAAAACUGACCCGCAUCCUUGGACACAAUAUGCCAUAUUUCUUAAGAAAAUAGGUGACAUCGAACGUGCAAAAGAAUGUUGCUUAGAAGCAAUCACUUUAAAUCAUCGACAUGCAAUGGCAUUAUUAGUGUAUGCGAUGAUUCUUUUUGAAAAUAAAGAAUACAAAGAAACUGAGAUUUUCCUCAGAGCUAUCACUUACUUACAUCCACGAUUUUUUGAAGGCUGGACUAUUUUACAUCUUUUUUUUAUACGAACAGAAUACUAUCCAGGAGUAGAUCUUACCCUUCGUAUUGCAAAGAAAUGUAUGCAAGACAAAUCUCGUACAAUAAUACUAGAUCAAGAACCACUUUCUUGGACCACGAUUCACUGUCCCAAUGAUAAUGUGUAUAUGAUGGUUACAACAUUUUUACUAAAACUGAACUUUUGUGAGCUGGCAGCACUCGCGUUAGCACAGGAAAUGGAAAAUUCCGGUCGAUCAAUGCACGUUCUAUAUUACAUGGCAGUAGAACAUUAUAUGUCUGGCAAAUACGAGAAUGCAUUAUCGCAUCUAGAAGAAAUUCGAUGCGAUUAUGGAAUGGAUUAUUCGGUCAGUAGCUUAACGGGCCACUGUUACUUCAAAAUAGGAAACACAGAAAAAGCAAUAGAAUGCUACGAAUUUGCACGUAUGCUAUUUGAUAGACCUGAUGAUUUACAUUUAGUGGAAGUUAGAUUGGGAUAUUAUUAUUACGAUACUGGAAAUUUCGAUCGCGCAAGAAAGAUUUUUUUGAGCGCAUGCAAAUCUUCACCAACUUGUCUAACUUGGCUAGGAGUUGGUAUCAGUUGUUAUGAGUUGAACCAGUUUCACGAGGCAGAAAUGUCUCUAUCUGAAGCAAAUAGGAUUAAUAAUCACAAUGUAGAUGUGUGGGGCUAUUUAUGCCUUUUAAAUAUGACGCUUGAAAGAUACGACGAGUUUGCGCAAUGCUAUACGGAAAUGAUCAAAUAUCAGAAUAAUCUUAAAGAUAGAAAACUGUGGCUGAGAAUAACGAACCUGAUGAAAGCUUUGGAUUACGCACCACCAAAUUUGAAACAAGCCAAUGAGGAGGAUCAUAGCACAGAGGGGUUUGAGGAACAAUUUGAAAACUAA